UGGAUGAACCAGCUGCACGUCUACGACCCUGAGCUUUUCCACCCCUCGCUCACGCACUCGGUGCUCGCCACCUUGGAUGGGGCCACCCUCAAGCUCUCCUACCCCAAGAGCAACAUCCCGCGCCGAGCCACCUUCGAGGAGGAAAUCCUCGACGCCACCUUCAUCAGCCACCGCUGCUAUGACCUGACUGAUGCCAAAGUCUUCCUCUGCCCCACCAGCCUGGCCCGAAAGAGGACAUGGAACAAAAAAUACCCCAUCUGCAUCCUCCUCCCCCACCCGGCGGAUGUGGAGAGCCGGAGCAGCGAGGAGCACGACACAGAGCUGCAGAGGGAUGAAGGGAUGAAGGCGGUGCCGGUGCCAGGUCCGGAUGUCCCAGGGGACUGCAGGGAGAGGUGCCUGUACCUAUUCGGACGGACGGGGAGGGAGAAGGAGGAGUGGUACCAGCACCUCGUGCGAGCCUCCCGCGGGACACCCUGCAGCAGCCACGGAGAAGCCAGGGCAGGUGUGGGAGCGGCUCCGCGGAGCAGCGGCAGCAGCAGCGGAGGGAGCGCUGAGGAUAUCCCCUCCACCAUCCCACCCAAGGACCUGGCGGGAAGUGUCGGAGAGAAGAUCUUCCUGGAUUACAGCACCUACAUGGCCCGAUUCGUGCCAGCGCAGGCGAGGGGCAGCCCGGAGCGGAGCCCCUCUCACGGAGCACUGGGCAGCCCCACACCCACAAAGGGGCUCGCGGCUUCUGUCCCCCCACAGCUCGAUGAGGACGUGGCUGGGCGCAGUGAGAUGUGCAUGGCCUGGAUGAACGCGCUGGUGGGGCGCAUCUUCUUGGACUUCCUCCGGGAGCGAUACUGGGCCGAGCAAGUGUCCGGCAAGAUCCAGAAGAAGUUGAGCAAGAUCAAGCUCCCAUAUUUCAUGAACGAGCUGACGCUGACGGAGCUGGACAUGGGCACAUCCAUCCCCUCGGUCCUCUGCGCCUCCAACCCCACCGUCAAUGACCAAGGGCUCUGGGUGGACAUGGAAGUCACCUACAGCGGCUCGUUGCAGAUGACGCUGGAGACAAAGAUGACCCUCUGCAAGCUGGGGAAGGAGAGCGCUGCAGAGGAGAGCGGCCUGGCAGAGGCGGGUGGAGAGGGGGCCAGGCCGCGGCUGAUCCUGCUGGCAGACAGUGAUGCGGAGUCAUCCAGCGCCGGCUCCUCCGACGAGGAAGACAUUGCCACUGCAGAGCCCAUGGGAGCGCCGGGGGAGCGGGUCCCACUGCCUGGCGCAGAGGGCCACGUCAGCAGCAACAGCACAAGCCGGAAGAUCCUGCGGUUUGUGGAUAAGAUUGCCAAGUCCAAGUACUUCCAGAAGGCCACGGAGAACGAGUUCAUCAAAAAGAAGAUCGAGGAGGUGUCCAACACACCGCUGCUGCUGACGGUGGAGGUGCAGGAGCUGGCAGGCCCCUUGGCUGUGAACAUCCCCCCGCCACCGACGGACCGUGUCUGGUACAGCUUCCGUGUCCCGCCCCAGCUGGAACUGAAGGUGCGCCCGAAGCUGGGCGAGCGGGAGGUGACGUUCCUCCACGUCACCGAGUGGAUUGAGAAGAAGCUGCAGCACGAAUUUCAGAAAAUUUUGGUGAUGCCAAACAUGGACGAUCUCAUCAUUCCCAUCAUGCGCUCCGGCCUGGAUCCUCAGCCACGCACGGGGUUGCCCAGGGACCCACCAGCCAAGGCCGAGAAGAGGCUCUGA